ACGCCUCUCCUUUGCACCUACACUCGCGCUCCCCAAGUCUCUCUCCUGCGCAGAGCCCUGGCUGUGCUUCCCUGGUCUGGCACUGCACGGCCGGCCGGCCGCCAGGAUGCAGGCGCCGCACAAGGAGCACCUGUACAAAUUGCUGGUGAUUGGCGACCUGGGCGUGGGGAAGACCAGCAUCAUCAAGCGCUACGUGCACCAGAACUUCUCCUCGCACUACCGGGCCACAAUCGGCGUGGACUUCGCGCUCAAGGUGCUCCACUGGGACCCGGAGACUGUGGUGCGCCUGCAGCUCUGGGAUAUCGCCGGUCAAGAAAGAUUUGGAAACAUGACGAGGGUCUAUUACCGAGAAGCUAUGGGUGCAUUUAUUGUCUUCGAUGUCACCAGGCCAGCCACAUUCGAAGCAGUGGCAAAGUGGAAAAAUGAUUUGGACUCCAAGUUAACUCUCCCUAAUGGCAAACCGGUUUCAGUGGUUUUGUUGGCCAACAAAUGUGACCAGGGGAAGGAUGUGCUCAUGAACAAUGGCCUCAAGAUGGACCAGUUCUGCAAGGAGCAUGGUUUCGUAGGAUGGUUUGAAACAUCAGCAAAGAAUAGUUCAUUCAUAAAUUACAUUGUCAGCACUACAUGCCAACACUCUAUGAUAGCUGCUGUCAAGAGAGACACUCCAAGUGUGUGUCACUUCUACUCUCAAGAAGUUUAUUAUCUAGAGGGAAGGUAAAUUUUAAAAAGUAAUUGUACAUGUAUGUGACCGUAGAUACUAUAGGGGACUGUUAGGAGCCACCUAGGAGAUGGAGCUAACCCUACCUUGCUAGGGUUCUGGAUUGGGGAGCAUUGGUCUGUCAGAGAGGAUAAUACCUUAUCAUAACCAAUCAGAUCCAUUGUUUCCAACUUUGCGUUAUAUCAUCUACUCUGUUAAAAUCAUAUUUUAAAAAACACAUGUAUUUCAUUUUGGGCUAGUCUCAGGAAAAAUGGAGAAAGGUAAAAAUGGGGGUAGCACUACUUAGGUGAGGGUAUAAAAAACACACAGGGUUAUACAAAAUCGGUUAAUGAAUGUCUCUAUCCACAAACCCCUCUACCCUCAACCACUCCCACGUAUACCACCACUAUUUCCAGAUCAGUAGUUGUCAAACUGUGUGAACAGGAAGACUAGCCCUCUGAGAUAUACUAUUAGAUAAGAGUUCUGUAGUCAGGUAACUUUAUGACUACUGCACAAUCGUUCCCUUCUUUGAGAUGGGAGGAAGAAACAGAAAGUCUGUUCUCCUAUCCCAACUUGAAUCUGCCUUAUUUCCAUUCACACAUAAUUCAUACACACCUUUCCCCUCUGCUCCCAGUUCAUUAUGGUGCUUUAGUUCCCCUCAUGCCUUCCAACUCAGAAUGAGAAACUGCUUUUCUGUUUAAUAUAAAAAAAUUGAACACAUGGCACAUUCCAUGAUCUUCUAAAAGACUCUGAGAAAUCCUAUGAUUAAGAAACACUUUUGUAUUAUUUUUAACUUAACAUCUGAAAUCAUUUAACCAUAGAUGACUUUUUUCCCAAAGCAUCCUAUGAAACAUCAGAACCCACUUUGAAAUACUUUAAUGAAGAAGUUUGUUUGCCCCUCCAGUCUCUCAUAUGACUUAACAAUAAUACUUGGGCAGUAUUGUAUUGUUUUCCAGGUGUUUUAUUUUCAGUGCCUGUUGCAUGCCAGCACUAUUGCUAAGUUCUUUCAUAUAUCUCCUCUCACUUUAUACACAUCCUCAAUAACCUCAGAAGUUGGCAUUAUUUUCAUCAUAGAUUAUAGAUAAAGAAACAGGCUGAGAGAGAGGUUAUGGUGACUUCCUGGAGGUUACACGAGUGGCAAUUGGCAGAGCUGAGAUAGUUCUGAGUCUUUCUAUGGCACCUUUUCCCUUCACAUUAAAUAAAUAGAGACAAAUAAUAAAAAUUCAAGAUACCAGACAAUUCUGAAGCUAGAGGAUGUAAUUGAACUUCAUCCAGAAAUUCAAAGCAGAAUGUCAGUCAGUUAGAUGUUGGCAGCUAAAUACUUCCAAAAAAGUUAUGUUUGUUCUGGAGGGGCAGGGGAUCUACAGAUAGAGAUGGGAAUAAGACUAACUCAAGCAAAGAACAGAUUGAGGGAAGGGUUUAUGGUCUAGUUCAGUUGCAGUCUAGUAGAGAUGAAACAGGGGAGUUCAGUUUUAGCCAUGUUGGUUGGGUGUCAGUUUUGUGGUCUGAACUUAUUCUGAGUAGGUAAUGUGAGCCCACAAGGUAUUUUUUGGAUGAAGUAUGAAUGUAAUUACACUUACACUUUAAUAGGAGUAGUUAAGAGACAAUCUGGAAGGAAUAUGGAGGAUGAUUGUAAUGAGAGAGAAGAAACUAAAGGCAUGUGAUCAGAGAGAAGACUACACAGGACAUGAACUGGGGUAAAAUGUUACAGUGACUGUGUGAAGACAGCAUGUCAUGUCCAUCAUCAUCUCUAAGCAGAAGUUGAAGAGCCCUGGACUAACAAGACAAUCACAUAACUGACUGCAUAGCAAAUUAAAGCAUGGAGUGUAAAGUCUUUGAUGAAUAGUGCCUGGUCCAUGAAAAAUGCUCAAUGGUCAUUUGCUGAAUAAUAAAUUAUUGCAUCUAGUUACAUGAUAUUUCAACUAUUACAUAAGAGCUUCAAAUUGAUGUAUCUCCUCUUUUUAAUUUUCAAUUACAAGUUUGUAGAAUGAAGAAAAAUAAUGUUUUAUUCCAUAUCUGAAAGUAGAAAAUUAUAUAACAUAUUCUAAGUGCUGCCUCAGGGAGGUUACCCAGGCUAAGAAUGAGUUGUUAUCUGACUAUGGAAUUUAGGAGUUAGACCAUCAGGAAUUUGUGAGGGUUGGGUCGACAGGUUCUAUGGUUGAGGCCAGCAUUUUGGUAGUUAGCUGGUAUCACUGACACUCCAAAUACAAAAAGUGAUUAAAAUAUUAAUUUCUUUAGCUUUACCAACACAUCCAUUUUUACACAUAGUUCUUCUUCCUAUUUGUUUUCACCCAAGGUAACAUUAUUCUAACAAUGCUGGCAGAAAUAGUUUCAUUUAUGCUAUCUGGAGAAGCAAGAGCUUCAAACUCUCUACUAAAGAGUUAAGGGCUAGGGCAUAAGAAUCAUAUAUAAGAAAAAAAUUAACUCUCUAGUUUGAGAGAGAAAUGAAUUUUUUAAGCUAGAAUUGGCUCUUAUCCAUAAAAGUUCUUAAGUGAGGAAGAUGAUGUUAAAAUAAUUAUAUGUACUAUGUAGUCACAAAAAUACAUAAUAUUACUCAACUUCUACCUUUGCCCCUAGUAAAAUAUUCCUAAUUCUCAUAAUUCUGCCAUAUGGGUAUUAUCUCUGCCUUAUAGGUAAGGCCAAAGAAAAUUAAAUAUUUUGCUUAAGUACAUUUAGUUAUUAAAUAGCACUGAAAUCACUUGUGGAGCAACAGAAUAUAAAGAACAUUUUUAAAAGAACAAAAUUAAGACUCCAACCUAUGUCUGCUUUCCUGCAAAGCCUACAGUAGUUCAGCUCAACUUUUAUAAACUGGUUUAUUCAGUCUUCCUUCCAUUUCACCUAAAGGAAUGGUAUCAAAUAAUAAGUGGAAAGCAAAAUAAGGACAGGCAGCUGGACCUGUAAAGUAAAUUUUCUUGUGAACAUGUUUUCUUUUUUACUUUCUGCAGAAAUCACCCACAUCUAAAAUUAUUUUCAGUGAAAGUUGAACUUGUCACUCUUCCAAAGUCCUUGUUCAUUCAUUUAUUCAUCAGUCAUUCGCUUAGUCUGUAUGUCUUCUGAGUGCCUACUGUUUGCAGGCACUGUGCUAGACACCAGGAUGGGGCAAUGAAACUCCUGGAAGCUCCCAGUCCAGUAGAGGAUACACACAAACAAAGCAUUACAUACUGACCAGUGAUAAGUGCCAGAAUAGAGAUUCCUGCUCAGCCUGGGGGACUCAGGGGAGAUUUUCCAUGGGAGGUAUCACUGAAUAAUGACCUGAAGGAAGAAGAAGAAGGAGGUAGGAGAUUGUAUUCAUUGGAGGACCAACUAUGUAAUGUUUAGGUAUUUCAUCUGUGUAUAUCAUUUAACUCUAACAAGAAUCUCAUGAAAUAUAGUGAUGAUUGGCCUCAUUUUCAAAUUACGGAGUAAAGGCUCAAGCUUUUCACUUGUCCUUUAUUUAACAGUAAGUGGUAACACCACGUUUUAAAGCUUGACUCCAACAUGCUUUCUCUUUCCAUUUUAUUCUACUGUUUCUUAGGACAACGAUGUUUCAGUCUCAUUCCUCAGUCUUGGCACACAGAGGUACCAGAAUAAAAGCAUUUAAUUAUCAUAAAAGUAAAUUGUGAAACACAAUUUCUGUCAUUUCUACCAUAGAUAGCCCUCAAUAAAUAACACUUUGAAUUGAAUAAGUCUAGGAAAUACCGUGGCUAAGUAGUUUAUCCUAUAUGUGUCUCAGUCUCCUCAUCUGUAAAACAGAGUUAAUAGUUUAUCCACCUCUCAGGGUGUAGUAAGGGUUAAAUGAGAUCAUGUAUGUAACAUACAUGGCAUGGUGCCUAAGUGUUCAAUAAUAAAGUGUUUGAUAAUUGUUAGCAAUUAUUACAAUUAAUAUUUUGUAUCUGGUUGACCAUUUAUCGUUUCAAGCUGAUUAAUGAGAAAGUAUUUUAACUAAAGGCUGCUGUAUUUCAUGAAUAGGAUUUGUUAAGUCUGGCUAAACAAUAGUCUUCAUGCUUAUCUUUAUUCUUUCUUUUCAAGACUGAUUAUUGGGUACCCCAGCACUGUUUCAGUAAAAGACUCACAGUGAGAACAAUUAAAAACUCACUGAAUUAAAAACAAAAUGUUAAUAGAGGCAAUAUCUAUGAAUAUCCUGGUUCUUAAUGGCAAUUAGUGGUAAGUCAUACAUUAUAUAUUGGAUUUGGAAAAUGUAUCUCAGGAAUAAUAAACUGUCAAAAAGACUCAAGAACUGUAUCUGCCUAGUAUUAAGGUUUUGGGGUCUAGUGCAGAAAAGGCAAGGAUGUUGAACUCAGAUUAUUUUUAGGGGCCAGGAACU